UCUUUAAAUGACAUCUUACAUUCCUUGAUACUAAGUUAUUGUCUGUCUCACACUCUGUCCCUAUUCAUGUAUUGCUAGUCUCUUAUGUGCCUAUUCGCGGUAUUCCGCCUCGAAAGGCACAAUUUACCUACUGAUGUUGUAAUAACACUUGAACCUAUAUCGCAAUGGCGACACCUGCUUCACCUCCUCCCGCCACAGUAGUACCAGCCCAACUAGGCUUCCUGGCCAUAUUCAAUCCCUCCCUAGGCGCUACCGACGAAACUAUCGACGACCAGAUUGUCUAUUAUGCUUCCGUGAAUACUCAGUCCAAGAAACGGCGGCAUCGCUCACGUGGCAAACCUACCGACAGUAUUUCGCAAGAUGAACGUAACGAACGACUGAGACAAAUUGGCUUGGCCCAGGGUAUGGUCGAAUUUAGUCGCGGGUUUUCUGAUGGCAAGCCUGUGGAUACUAUAGAAACAGAAAAGAGUCGUGUGGUGCUACAUGAGCUGGAGCCAGGUUGGUGGAUUCUGGCCUCUGUCGAUUUGACAAAACUACCCUUACCACCUAGGCUCGGAGCCCCCAUCUCGAACAAAAAAGACGAGUCCGAAAAUGUCGAAUAUUCAUCUCGAGAACUAAAGCCAGCUGCACUGCUCAUGCAAGACCUUUUGCGCGCUCACUCCAUAUUCCUUCUACAUCACGCGGCAUCCCUAAGUGCCUUAUUCGUUCGAUCGAAACGGUCCAAAUUUGUCAGCAUAUUGAGUCGGUAUUGGGAUUUGUUCCUAUCUACAUGGGAUGUGAUGUUACACGGAAACCCAGCCACCAAUGUUUUUGGUGGAAUCAAAAUUGCCGCUUGCGGUGAACUUGGUGUUGGUGUUGGCGAGGAGGAACGUGGAAGUGGCGAAAGAGAAGUUCUCGAAGGUUUCGUCGAUAGAGUCGAGGGACUUCUUGACUUGAUCGUAUCGAAAUUUGGCCCUUCAGAACCUGGAGCAGACGAAGACUCCAAGGCGGCUGAUGAAUCGGCAUCAAAGUGGCUUGGCACGAGCGAAGAACCCGGCGCGGAAGAUGGCGCAAUAUUCCUGGGCGUAGGAACUCUAUCAAGAAAGUCACUUCGUGAUGUCACCUAUUGGAUGGAAGAUCUAUAUACAUGGGGUGAAGAUGCUUACGGAGUCAGAGACAGUCCUGCCUCUGUACGCCAAGCAAGAAAACCAAAAAAGCAUGCUUCUACCAGCAGUACGGAUGCGGGCAAGAAUACAGUUAAGACCCUAGAAACAAAUGACGUAGUCAAUCUGAAGCAAUCAGAGACGCAAGGGAAACCUCCGGAUCCGAAAGAACCAGGAACAGCAGCACCAAAACCCGCCGAAGAAGCAUUGGAUGAAGGUGGUAUGAAUAAAUUUAUGAGCUAUCUUAAAAUGGGAUAUGGCACCCACUGGACAUUAGGUACUUCUGUUGGAGCUGAGGGUACUGCUCAAGACGGGGUGACGUCUGGAGAAACAUCCAAGGAUAAGGCUCUCUCUAGCGAUUCCCGUCGCCCCUCUAAAGCACCCAGCAUUGACUCAGGCCACUACCUCAUCGGUCUCCUAGGAGACGUUGAAGAGACCGAUACUACCGAGCAAGAAGAGAGUCGAGAGCAGUCCGAUUCUCUGUUCGAAGAUGUGGAAUACAAUUCUCGAGUCCUACUUCGGACUCUUACAGUGGAGCUAGAAAACGGAAAACGUCCCGAGGCUGAGAUGACACGAGAUUUCGGAAGCCAAGACCACGAAUUAACGUCAAAGACUGGUCGCGGAGAUCCUCCGGAUGCAUCUUCUCAUUUUGACAGUCAGGAUCGCAACAAGACCCAAAAGGUGCGAGUGGUGGUAUAUGUCAAUAAACCAUUCGUCUAUACGUUUUUAUUCCAGAACAGAACGGACUCGUUGGCGUGGGAUGGGCUUUACAGAUCCUUACACUACCAACUUGCACCACUACGAAAACCUCUAGCUACGUCUACAACGUAUCGUCCUGGAAAACCAGAGGUUGGUGGAGUAGGUUCCCACAUCUUCGACCUCAUCUGGGAUCCAGAAGCCAUGACCAUUCAUUCCACUAUUCCUAGCAUACCUACACCUGGACAGAUGCUGCAGGACAAUGCUCAACCGGUCUGGUCCAGGGUCGAGGCUAUAAAUACGCACAAUCAGAUCCUUAACACAUUCAUCACGACGUCGACAAAUCCAUCUGAAUUGGAGCGCACAUGCAAGACGAGCCGUGGCUGGUGGAUUGUAUGGACUCGCUUAAUAGAGAAAGAUGCUACACAACCUUUACCACAGCCCGCAGAAUCCUCCAGUACAAGCCAAAUUCCGAGCCUGCAGCAUACUGAAUCAGAAGAUAGCACAGAAUCACAAGAUCAGCCAAAAAGCACACAACCCAGAGGGAAGGUCAGCAAGGAGAUCUUCCUAAUUCGUCGAGCGGGAGAGCAUUCUAGGUAUAGAGGACUUAGUAGCUCAUAUGCUGAAGGAGGUAGCGGAUGGGCGGACGGAGCCGGUCGACUUGCUCAGGGUAUCGGUGUGGAUACGAAGAAGUACAUUGAAGGAUUAUUAAGUUUAGGUCGAUGAGAGAGGAUGAUUAGUCUUUCUGGCGUUUGGUCGGUUAGGCAUAUUUGUGUUCAAAGGUUGGAGAUCAAGCAUAAAUGGACGGAGAGUGUACCGUGGAGUCUUCAAGGAUACCCGGCGAAAAUACUAGGAUUUCUAGAUAGACUUUCCCUGAGUCUAAAUGUUUAAAUUACUGCUUUGGUAGGGGAGAGUAGGGGGUAGAAUGACGCAGAUAUGAUUAUGAUUACGGUCACGAGUAUCAAUAGGUUCCGAGUUUAGACUCAACACCUGGUGAAAGAAGAAAGAACCAUUAGAUCUCUAAACACUAUUGCCGAUCGAUGACUGAUAUGAAUAAAGUUAUAGAAGUUACUAAGUGAAGUUGCGCUAAUUUGAGAAGAUACUUUAUAUUGAGUUUGUUACAGUCUGA